GGAGAGACAAUGAAGGGGGACCCCCGGACCUAUAGACCCAUUGAUAAUAUGUACCGACGUGUGAGCGGCAGAAUCUAUUCACAGAUCUUCUUCUACCCUCUUUCUUACUGCUUUUAGUAUUACCUACGCCAAACAUUUCCCUAAUUAAAUUCCUCUCCUUUUUAUUCUCAUCCAUGUUUUUUUUUUCUUUUUUACCAUUCAUAUUUUUCCUUCAAAUCUACUACUAGUACGUAGUAUAUAUAAACAAGUGGACAAAGGGAAUUUCUCUCGACUCCACCAUUUCAUUUGCCUAAUUCCUCUCAUUAAUUAAUAUACAUCAUUUCUCAUUUUCUCCAAACUAUACAUUUAUAUUUCUAUCCAAAGAAAAAAAAUAUGGAAGCCAAAACCCAAAUUAUAAUUUCAGAAAAACAAGAAAAACAUCAUGUAAUAGGGGAGCAUUUUCAUGUAUUAGCAGUUGAUGAUAGUGUCAUUGAACGCAAAAUGUUAGAGAAGCUUCUUACUGUCUCAUCCUACCAUGUAACAUGUGUUGAAUCUGGAGAUAAGGCUUUGGAAUAUUUGGGCUUAGUGAAUUGUCGUCAUAGACAACCAGUUAUUGGCGAUGGUCAUGUUGAUGAACAAGUUCAUCAUGUUGAUGAUGAUCAUGAUGAUGUUGUUGAUGAUGAAGAUGAUGAUUCUAUGAUUUGUCCUCUUCAAUUGACUGAUGAUGUUCAUCAUCACCAACAAGAAGGACAAGGAACAAGAGUGAACUUGAUCAUGACAGACUACUCAAUGCCAGGAAUGAGUGGUUAUGAUCUGCUUAAACGAGUCAAGGAAUCCUCUUGGAAAGAUGUACCUGUGGUUGUCAUGUCUUCCGAGAAUGUUCCUUCAAGAAUUCACAUGUGUCUAGAAGAAGGAGCAGAAGAGUUCUUGCUAAAACCAGUAAGAUUAUCAGAUUUGAAGAAGCUACAGCCUCGUAUCUUUAAAACUACACCAAGUAGUAGUGCAACAAAUGACAAUAACAACAAAUUUUUCAAGGACGAAAUAACAAUUGUUGGUGAUGAUGAGGACUACGUCAGCAAUUCCAAAGAAGAGGAUGAGAAGAAGGAAAUCAAUUUUAAGAAUAUUGAAAUGGACCAAUUUGCAAAAAUCUCUAAGCUUGAUCAACUUGUAAUGUGAAUAAAUAUUCUAAUUUAGGCAAAAGAGAUGAUGCUAAUUUCGCUGUCAGAUACAGCCCACUAGUAUCAUAAUUGCUAGACGAACCUAACAAAUUUUAAUUUAAUUUUUAUAGAUGGAAAUUGGUUAAUUAGUGUUAAUAUUCUCAAGGGUUGCUUGCAUGAGCCAAAUUAGUUUAUGGACUUUCUAGAAUUUGUGGAAAUAGCAGUUGUAAGUAGAUAUGCAAAUGAAGGCUUAUUAUCUCUGUUUAGA